GUCAGAUUCUACCACCAAUACAAUUUACCUAGAUAAAAAUGUCAUACCGAAUUAAGACCCCAUAAUAAUGUGAAACUAAACCGUUUUCCAGAAAAUGGCAACACAAAAGCCUGGAGAAUGGGCUAAUACUUUGAUUGUUAGGUUUGAGGAACAGUUACCCUGUCGAAUUGGUCCUCAAACAACUCAUUCUAGCAUUAAUGAAGAACAAAACAAAAAUUGUAUCAUACAAAUAUCUAAAUAUCGUUUUGCACUAGUACUGGAUGGAUUUGUUAAAGUCCUCAAAAGGAUACAUGAAUUGUAUCAGACUGGCAUAGGUGGUGGUACAUCUAGGCAACAUGGUCCAGAAUUAGAAAAAAAUUACUAUGAUAGUUUGAUAAUUGUAUUAGAAACAUUAGAAAAAUGUUUCAGUAUCCAACCAAAAGACUCAAUAACUUUAACUAUGGAAGAAAAUAAUAAUUUGAAAUGCUUAUUAAAAGAAAUAUGUGCUUUUUUAGUGGGCAAAGACAUGCCCAGUGAUAACCCAAAUGUCCAUGCAAUAAAACAAUUGGCGAGCAAAGUAUUAUUUGCUUUGAGCGUAAAUUUUUUUAAUGCUGUUUUUAACCGAAUUUCAUCAAAACUUCAAGAACUAGCCUCCUGCCCUGACGAAAACCCAGAUUAUAGUGAUAUAGAAUUAAUACAAUAUAUAAAUGUAGAUGUUGGGAGAUUAACACGGUUGUUACUGGAGGCUAUAUCAAAGUUUCGUUUAUUAAAAAAGUCUGCUCAUCUUGUCUUGGUUAUUUCAUUGGAAAAAGCUAUAUGGAACUGGAUGGAUACAUAUCCAUAUGAAUUUGCUGAGGUACAAAAGAAUCCCUGUGAAGAUAUGACCAAAUGUGCUGAACAGCUUUUUGAUAUUCUGGAUAUGAUUGGUGAUAACAAAAAAGGAAGAUCAUCAGUAUGGUCAUUACAAAUGAUGUUACUGAUACUUGCUCCAAAAGUUUUAGAAGAAAUAAUUAAUGCUGAUAGUGGAGCUCCAUGUUCACCUCGGCAUAGCAAAAAGAAAGUCUUCAUUGACAAUAUCAAAAGAUGUCUUGGAGCUCAUGGUAAUAGCAAACAGUUUACAGAGGCUGCAGCUGUGACAUGUGUGAAACUUUGUAAAGCUUCCACUUAUAUUAGAAUUCUGGAUUCUAAUAAUGUCACUUUUGUUCUAGUUCAAAGUAUAUUGAGUGAUUUAAAGAGCCUGUUAUUCAAUCCUCAAAAACCAUUUUCACGUGGACAAAAUUAUUUAUAUCAAGACAUGGAUUUAAUGAUAGACUGUUUCGUAUCAAUAUUCAGAAUAAAACCACAUAAUAACGACACAAUAAAAGUGUGUCUAAGCUUAACUUCACCACCAACUUUUCAUUUUGUCUUAGUACGAUCACUCUAUAAAAUUGUUACUCAACCGAGAUUGCACUGGUGGCCUCAAAUAGAUUUAGUUUAUAAUAAAGCAUCUGAAUUAAGGGCGAUGUUUACAGAUACCCUUAAUAAAGUUUCUCAAGGUUGUAUAUCUCAUACACCAUUAAGAAUGAUACAAAUUACUUUAAAAGGAAAAGACUGUCAGGGAAAAUCCAAAGACAGAGCAGAAGAAGUUCAUUUACUCCUCUACAUGGUUAGAUUGGUUCAUGCAGAUCCAAUGUUAAUGUUAAAUAAUCAAGGUAAAGCUGGUCACGAAAUUCAAAGCUCUACAUUAGAACUAAUAAAUGGCUUAGUUUCCCUUGUUCACCAAACUACAAUGCCCGAGGUAGCUCAAGAAGCAAUGGAAGCAUUGCUAGUUCUCCACCGUCCAGAAAAAAUCGAAGUUUGGAAUCCUGAAGCACCAAUAAACACAUUUUGGGAUGUGAGUUCACAAGUGAUGUUUUCCAUUUCACAAAAAUUAAUUCAGCAUCAAAUUAUGAAUUAUACUGAUAUUCUUAAAUGGCUAAGGGAGAUUCUAAUAUGCAGGAAUGCCUUCUUAGCUAAACAUAAGGAUUAUGCUAAUUUAGGAAGCUCUAUAGCUAUCUGUAAACAAGCACAUAUAAAACUAGAGGUUGUGUUUUUUAUGUAUCUGUGGAGUAUUGAUAUAGAUGCAGUUUUGGUUGCUAUGAGCUGUUUUGCUCUUCUAUGUCAAGAAGCUGAAAUAAGAUGUGGCUCAGAUGAAGUUACUGUUACAUGUUUAGUUCCAAAUUAUCAUGUAUAUCAAGAGCUAGCACAGGCAUCAACAGUACUUACGACAGCUUCUGGAGAAAAUAGGGUGUAUUUCCCAGAUCACUUAACUGGAAGGGCAGCGCUUCAGAAACGAAUUAUGUCAUUAUUGAGAAAAAUUGAACAUUGUGUAAAUGGUGUCCAGCCAGCUUGGGACGAAACUUUUAUGAAUUGGAAUGGAAUGUGUAAAAAUUUGUCAUCCUAUCCCAAACCUAGAGCAGAAGAUUGCCCGAUGGAAUCUUUUCAUAGAUCCGUUGGAAAACGAAGAGCGUCACAUCAAAAUUCUGAACAUGAGUUAGAGGAUCAAAUAAAUGAAUGGGCGAAUAUGACAGGAUUCUUGUGUGCUCUUGGUGGAGUUUGUUUGCAAAGAAAGUCACCGUCUAGGACUCCUUUGUCAACUAGCUCAUAUUCUAGUCUAUCUUCGAUGACAAUAAGUUCAAUUGGAAGUAGUAAUCUUGGGUCUGAAGCAUGUCUUGGCAAUAGGAAAUCCAGUACACUCCAAAGUCAACAAAUACAAGAUCAAAGGCAGUAUUGUCCAGUAACUUCAUUUGUGGAUUUACUAUUACGGUUACUUGUUUGUGGAAAUGAGAAAUUUGGAGCCCAGAUACAAAAACAUGUGAAGGAAUUAAUAGGUCACGAAAUGUCUUCAGCAUUGUAUCCUAUAUUAUUUGAACAAAUAAAAUCAAUUGUAGAUAAAUUUUUCGACCAACUAGGACAAGUAGUUGUUAAUGAGGUUAACACACAAUUUAUCGAACAUAUAAUAUUUAUUAUGAAGAACAUUCUAGACAGUACUAAAAAUGAUCAACCAUCCGAACAUUUAGGUAUAACUAGUAUAGAAAGCAUGAUGCUGGCUGUAGUUAGAUAUGUAAGACAUUUAGAUAUGACUGUCCAUGCAAUCCAUAUGAAAACCAAGUUGUGUCAAUUGGUUGAAACUAUGAUGAGUAGAAGAGAUGAUUUGGCAUUUCGCCAAGAAAUGAAAUUCAGAAAUAAGUUAGUUGAGUACUUAUCUGAUUGGAUUUUGGGUAAUUCUCACCAAAUUGCACCUCCAGGAUCUGCUGAUGUUACAAUCAUCACUAGAGAAUUAGAUCAAGCCUGUAUGGAAGCUGUAGCAGCGCUGCUUCGAGGUCUCCCUCUACAACCAGAAGAAUCUGAUAGAGGAGAUUUAAUGGAGGCAAAAAGUCAGUUGUUUCUGAAAUAUUUCACAUUGUUUAUUAACUUAUUGAGUGAUUGUACGGAAACUCCAGAAGGUGAAAAAGAUAAGGCAAAACCCAAAGUUUACAGCGGAAAGCACGAUAUAUUAAGAAAUGCCACUAUUCAAGCUAUGUCCAACUUACUCUCAGCAAAUAUUGAUAGUGGACUUAUGCAUUCCAUAGAUCUUGGAUAUAAUAAAGAUCUACAAACAAGGGCAGCUUUUAUGGAGGUUUUAACUAAAAUAUUGCAGCAAGGAACCGAGUUUGAGAAUUUAGCAGAAACUGUUUUAGCAGAUCGCUUUGAACAAUUAGUGUUACUUGUUACUAUGAUCAGUGACAAAGGAGAGUUACCGAUAGCGGUUGCUCUUGCUAAUGUUGUUACUACUUCACAAAUGGAUGAGCUUGCCAGAGUUUUUGUAACAUUAUUUGAUGCCAAGCAUUUAUUAGCUCCAUUAUUAUGGAAUAUGUUUUACAGGGAAGUUGAAGUAUCUGAUUGUAUGCAAACAUUGUUCAGAGGAAAUAGUCUUGGAAGUAAAAUAAUGGCAUUUUGUUUCAAAAUAUAUGGAGCUAGUUAUUUACAAACCCUUUUGGAACCCUUUAUUGCCCCAUUAUUGGAUGAUCCUUAUUGCAGUUUUGAAGUUGAUCCAGCUAGACUAGAACCAAAUGAAGAUAUAGAAGAAAACAGACAAAGUUUGAUAGCUCUAACACAGAGGGUGUUUAAUGCUAUUGUUAAUUCAAUCGAUAAGUUUCCUCCACAAUUAAGAUCGAUGUGCCAUUGUUUAUAUCAAGUAUUAAGUAAACGAUUCCCCCAAGCGCCCCAAAAUAAUAUAGGAGCAGUUGGAACAGUGAUAUUUUUACGUUUUAUUAAUCCUGCCAUAGUUUCCCCUCAAGAAAUGGGCAUUGUUAGUAAACCAGUGCCAAAUACUGUCAAGAGGGGACUUAUGUUGAUGUCUAAAAUUUUACAAAAUAUUGCAAAUCAUGUUGAAUUUAGCAAAGAACAACACAUGCUUCCUUUCAACGAUUUUCUAAGGGCGCAUUUUGAAAUUGGGCGAAGAUUCUUUGUUCAAAUUGCACUUGACUGUGAAACUGUUGAUCAAACCUCACAUUCCAAGUCAUUUAUUUCUGACGCCAACGUUUUAGCUUUACAUAGAUUAUUAUGGAACCACCAAGAAAAAAUUGGGGAUUAUUUAUCCAGCAGUAGAGAUCAUAAAGCGGUAGGAAGAAGACCUUUUGAUAAAAUGGCAACAUUGUUAGCAUAUUUAGGGCCCCCUGAGCAUAAGCCAGUUGAUUCUCAUAUGCUUUUUUCUGCUUAUGCAAGAUGGAGCUCAAUAGAUAUGUCAUCAAAUCAUUUUGAAGAACUAAUGGUCAAACAUAAUGUACUUGAAAAAGAGGAGUUCAAAUCAAUAAAAUCUCUAAACAUAUUUUACCAAGCUGGUACUAGCAAACUAGGGAAUCCGGUAUUCUAUUAUAUUGCUAGACGAUAUAAGUUUGGAGAAACUAACGGAGACUUGCUAUUAUACCAUGUAAUUUUGUCAUUGAAACCUUUCUGCCACUCUCCUUGGGAAAUCGUGGUGGAUUUUACACACACCUGUACAGAGAACAGAUUUCGAACUGAAUAUUUACAGAAAUGGUUUUAUGUUCUACCUGAUGUUGGUUAUGAAUGUCUAACUGCUGCUUAUGUAUAUAAUUGUAAUAAUUGGGUUCGAGAAUAUACUAAAUUCCAUGACAGACUUUUACUACCACUUAAGGGAAAUAGAAAAAUGAUUUUCAUCGAUUCUCCGAAUAAGUUGAAUGAUUAUAUAGAACCUGAUCAACAAAAAUUACCUGGAGCGACAUUGAGUCUUGAUGAAGACCUAAAAGUAUUUAGUAAUGCUUUAAAGUUAUCACAUAAAGAUACUAAAGUUGCUAUCAAGGUGGGUCCUACUGCUAUUCAGAUAACUUCUUCUGAAAAAGCUAAAGUACUCUCCCAUUCUGUUCUACUGAAUGAUGUUUAUUAUGCAUCUGAAAUUGAAGAAGUUUGUUUGGUAGAUGAUAAUCAGUUUACGCUUACUAUAACAAAUGACAGUAGUCCUCUUAGUUUUAUUCAUAACGAAUGUGAUAGUAUAGUGCAAGCUAUUAUUCAUAUAAGGAAUCGAUGGGAACUUAGUCAACCUGAAACAGUAACAGUUCACCAAAAAAUAAGACCAAAAGAUGUCCCCGGUACGCUAUUAAAUAUGGCGUUGUUAAAUUUAGGAUCUUCAGAUCCAAAUUUAAGAACGGCUGCUUAUAAUCAGUUAUGUGCCCUUACAGCUACAUUUGAUUUAAAAAUAGAGGGCCAGUUAUUAGAAACGCAAGGACUAUGUAUUCCCUCCAAUAAUACAAUAUUUAUCAAAUCAGUAUCAGAAAAAUUAGCAACGAACGAGCCCCAUCUAACUUUAGAGUUUUUAGAGGAAUGUAUACAAGGAUUUAGAGUUUCAAGUAUAGAACUCAAGCAUUUAUGUUUAGAAUAUAUGACACCUUGGCUGCCUAACCUCGUGAGAUUUUGUAAAGCAUCCGAAGAAAAUAAAAGACAGAAACAAGUAGCUGGCAUUAUAGAAAAAUUAAUUCUACUGACAAUAGAAGAAACACAAAUGUAUCCAUCUAUACAAGCAAAAAUUUGGGGGUCAAUUGGACAAGUUCCGGAACUGAUAGAUAUGGUGCUAGAUAAUUUUAUUUAUAGGUCUGUUAACUCUGGAUUAGGUUCACCAAUGGUAGAAAUAAUGGCGGAUACUGCUGUGGCUUUGGCAUCAGCGAAUGUUCCUUUAGUUGCUAAGAAAAUCAUUGGUCGGCUCUGCAAGGUAGUGGAUAAAACGUGUCAGUCUCCAACUCCUCUGCUUGAACAACACAUGAUGUGGGAUGACAUAGCCAUCUUGGCGAGAUAUCUCCUUAUGUUGUCAUUUAAUAAUAGUUUAGAUGUGGUUCGACAUUUACCUUAUCUUUUUCAUACUGUUACAUUCCUGGUUUGCUCUGGAUCUUUGAGUAUGAGAGCAUCCACUCAUGGUCUGGUGAUAAAUAUUAUUCAUUCACUUUGCACUUGUACAAAACCUUCUUUUUCUGAAGAAACUCGAAGAUUACUGAGGCUGUCUUUAGAUGAGUUUUCACUACCAAAGUUUUAUUUACUUUUUGGAAUAAGCAAAGUGAAGUCGGCAGCUGUUACAGCCUUUAGAUCAAGUUACAAACAUUCUAAUGAAAAAAAUGAAAAAUGGCAUGGCAACGACAUAAGUUUUACGGGUAAUCAGGAUAGGGAAAGAUUAUCUUUAACAUCUUUAGAAGUAAUAACAGAUGCUUUAUUAGAAAUAAUGGAAGCGUGUAUGAGAGAUAUUCCUGAUUGUGAUUGGUUAAACAGUUGGACAUCUUUAGCUAAGUCCUUUGCCUUUUGUUUUAAUCCUGCUUUACAACCUCGAGCAUUAAUAGUUUUUGGUUGCAUAAGUAAAAGUGUAACUGACAGAGACAUGAAACACUUAUUGAAAAUAUUAGUCAAAGCUCUUGAAAGUUUUAACGAUAUAGUGUUAAUUGAAGCUAUAGUUAUGUGUUUAACAAGAUUGCAACCUUUAUUAAGACCUGAAUCUCCAGUACAUAAGGCUCUUUUUUGGGUAGCUAUUUCAGUCUUACAACUAGAUGAAUCUUCUUUAUACGCUUCUGGAUUGGCAUUACUGGAACAAAAUUUACAUACUCUUGAUUCCCAAGGAAUGUUUGAAGAACAGUCAUUGGAAAAUGUUAUGCUGCAAACAAGAGAGCCUCUUGAAUGGCAUUUUAAACAGUUGGAUCAUGCAAUGGGCUUAAGUUUUAAAGCAAACUUCCAUUUUGCUCUGGUUGGUCAUUUGCUCAAGGGAUAUAGACAUCCCACACCAACUACAGUUUCAAGAACUGUUCGGAUAUUAACUAUGCUAUUAACAAUUGUUUCAAAGCCACACAAAAGAGAUAAAUUUGAAGUUACACCUGAUAGUGUAGCAUACCUUACAGCUCUGGUCGGAUUUUCGGAAGAAGUUAAGAGUAGAUGUCACAUCAAACACUCACUAUCUCGUACCGUGACCGAUUCUAUAUCUCAAGAUAACUUCAUAAUAGAUAGUGUUCAAAAUCCUAGUACCCAGCAAGGAUCAAAUUCGGGAGGUACUUCUGGUAAUGUAAAUCGGCGUCAGAAAUCGUGGGAUUUACUAGAUCAGUCGGCUUUGGCUCAAGCUAGACAUAAACAGCCCUCUGGUAUUCAGGGACAACACCAGGUAGAAAUCACAAAUUCGACAGCUAAUAAGGGCUGGCGAAGUUUAGAUUUAACCCAGAGUCCGUGCGUUCAGCCGAAUGGUGGCUUAACCCGGCCUCUAUAUAGAACCCAGAGAUCUAGAUCUGUGCCCGUUCAACAGAAUCCCCCACCGAACGUGUCAAAUCAAAGCCCCGCAAAAACUGCACGAGCUCUCUUCAAAACACAACGUUCUUUUUCCAUGCCAACUUCAAAAGAACCAAAACCUCUUGAUGAUGAAAGUAAUAAGAAUCGAAGUACCAGAGUUUCAGUUAGCAAUGAAAAUAACGUUCUACUAGACCCAGAAGUACUGACCGAUUUUUCCACCCAAGCUUUGGUUUUAACAACUUUAGCUACACUUGUUAAGUAUAGCACUGACGAAGCAGAAACACGAACAUUGUAUCAAUAUCUUUCAGAAGGCGCAGUUGUUUUUCCAAAAGUGUUUCCCGUAAUUUAUAAUCUAAUAGAUAUGAAAAUUAACAAUGUUCUAUCGUCAUGCCACGAUCAAGAAAUUUUAAGUGCUGUAAGAAGUAUAAUCCAAAAUAUGAUAGCAUGUGAAGAUACUGAGCAACAACAAUUACAUUAUUUACAAAGCUGUGGUUUUGGAGGGCUGUGGAGAUUUGCUGGACCAUUUAAUAAGUAUAACAAUAUGGCGGAAAGCAGCGAAUUAUUUGUAAACUGUUUAGAAGCAAUGGUAGUAACUUGUCUUCCAGUUGAUGAAAAUGAGGCAGAAAAUGGAGAGAUGAUGCAGUACCCAUCAAUGUUAAGUGUUAGCUCCAAUAUGAAUCUCUCAUCUAGUCUUUCGAGUCUUAACCUUGGAUCUCCAACAGAAAAAGAUUUGAUUCGUGAUGUCGAAGGAGGUAGCACAACAUCUCUGGGACGAAGUUCAUGUAGUAAACAGCGUAGUAUCAAAAACAAAGCACAUAUUCAUUCAGAAAACUCAUCCAUACACGAAUAAGAAAAAAAUGGUUAGAAGAAAGCUUGUCAUUUUUAUAGUACAUGUCAUCAGGCCAAAAUGUGACUUAGAUUUGGGUUUCAAUCCAAAAAAAAUUGAACACAUAUGUGUCAAAAAGUUGACCUUUUGAUGACAGGCAUUUUUGAAUGUCUUCGAUUUUAUAGUUUGUUUGUUCUUGAAGUGAAUAAUUUUAGAUGGUCCCCGAUUGAAUUUAUGAAUAUAUCACUUAUCAUAUUGUGGUAUGCACAUGGGCUUUUAAUAUUGAUAUCUAAUCAGGGAAGUGUAUAUGGAAACAAUAAUAUUAAUCACCUCCAAGCUUUAUUAAAAUUUAAGAAAUCGUAUCAAGCCCUUUUAAAACAAUAUGAAACAUUGACGUGAUUACAAGUAGUAAUGAUGUAAUUAUGAUAAAUAUAGAUAGUUAUGAUAUUGUUUCUUUAUUUGUACUUUAUUGUACAAUGUUUUUUUAAUUUUAAUUUGAUGUUUCUUUAUAAAAACAUGCUAAAUUUAUUCCAUUAAUUUCAAGAUUGGACCAAACCUAGCGCACAAACACAACUUAUUUAUAAAGGUUCAAGUGAUUCCUAGUGGUAAUUGCCGAGCAAUGCUAAUAAGAGUUACCAAUUAAUAAAUACAGCUCUAAUUAUACGCAACACAUGUUGUACAAUAAUUCUAAAAAAUUUUAUAACAAUUAGGUACAUAUAUAAUUUUAUAUAACAACUGACUGUUGAAGAAAUUAGUUUAAUCUUGUAGUUUUGAAAAUUAUUUGUUCUGAAUCUAUCGAAGAAAAUAUAUAAGGAAUAAGACUUAUUAUGUUUAACCUUCUGCCGUGAAUAUAAGGAGUGAAAAUUUGCAUAUAUUCAUAAAAUUAUAUAAGGAUAUGAAAUGAUAUUCAGAACUAUCUGUCUCAAAAGCGUUCACCGAAAUUACGCUUAUUCAGCUUAUUAGCUGAACUUUCGCCUAGGCACAAAAAUAACCAAAAGAUCUUUUCUAAAUGAUACAGAUUAUCCUAUAAAAAAUGUGACCUUUAAUAUUGAUCAAAUUUCAAAGUCAAAAUAUAAUGUAUUACAAUAUGAAUGUAAUUUACAAAUCAAGUAACAUUCAACUCUGUAUAAUAAAUUCAACUUUAGCUUUGUUUUAAAAAGUGAAUAAUAUGAAAUCAUUGUUUUGUAUCUUUUAUGGAAACAUCUACAAACAUUUUUUAUGUCUAGGUUAGUAAUCUUUACCUCAAUUAAUUAAAAAUGAUUGAAUUUUUUGAAUAUAAGAAUGAGCUCAUGACAAUACUUUCUCUUACUGACCAGUAACAUUUAAACUGGAUAUAAUAUAUGACUGAUAUUUAUUACUAUUUAUUUACUGUUAAUGUGUGGAUUAAAACUGGCUACCUUUAAUUAAUUCACAUUUGUAAGCAAGUUGAGUGUUAAAAAUUUCAUCUGCAACGAUAAAUAUUCAAUAGUAUUACAACUAUGGAAAUAUUUUAAUGGUUCGAUUUAUGUCAUAUAAAAUAUUAUUUUAAGUAAUUAAAAAUAUAUUUUAGAACACUUACAAAAGAAUUUUAUGGAGAGUAGACUAAAUCGCUAGACAUUUUUCAGGAUGAUAUAUAAAUCUUUCAAAUAAUUCUAUAUAAAACUAGGAGAUAAUUAUACAAACAAAAAAGUAGUUAAAGAAACUUCAAUUGCUAGUGAUUCUGUAGAACCAGAAAAAUUUCUGUUCUGUUUAAUCCAAAAAACAAUCAUCAAUUUACAUUAACUAGCAAUGAAUAAAGGUCUUUUAUUCUUAAAAAAUAUGCAAAUCUAUACGUGAAUUACUAAAGGUACCUGGUUUUUUUAUUAUAAAUAUUUUGUUUAUCGAGUAAGACAAUAAAAUCAUUGUGAAAAAUUUGAUAACAACUAUAUGAUUAUUUAUUAAAAUUAUUUUAAUUUGAGAAAAAUAUGUUUUUAAUAACGCCUGGUGGCAUGUACUGUAACCCAGAGUUGUGAGGAGAACCUUAUAUUUCCUAGUAAAGGUGAAAAAAUGAAAUAUUUCAUAUAUGAUUGUUUGAAUUAGACUAACUUUAAAAAAUAAACGAGCAGAGUUUGGAAGAUGUUGUGCUGUUAUCUCUUCUUUUCAAAGUUAUUUGGUCUCCUACAACUCUAUUCGAGAGUUGUGCUCAUUUUUUUCAUAAAACAUAAAGUUUUGUAAGAUUAAUCCAGAGGAUAUCUCAUUAAGACUGCUAAUUUUUAUUAACGUUCAAGGUUUAAAAAUGAAAUAUAUUGAGGUAAAGAUUGACGUAAAUGUUUCUUCUAACUAUUCGUUAUUAAUAUAUUCUAAAUAAAUUUAAGGAUAUGUGAAACAAAAUGUACAAAAUAUUAAUAUAUUGUCAUUGUUUGCAUUCGUUUCAUGCACAAAAAUUUAUUUAAUUUUUUAUAUACAAUAUACAUCUCAGUAUUUUUAAGACUUUUUUCAUUACUAAUAAUUGCUUUCUGUUUAUUUUUCGUUUCAUCCAAAUAAUAUCUAGUUCUUAUUUACAAUUUGUAGUUGAUUGAUCUUUCUUAGCUAUCAAGAAUUUAAUGAUAUCAAUCUCCUGCCUAAUAAGUGCUUGGUCUUAUAAGAUUUUCAUUAUAUAUUUAUUUUACAUUUGAUUUUACCCGUGUUAAAAAAAUAGUUUUUAAUGUAAAUAAUUCAUUGAGUAUGCUAUUGGUCUACUGCAUCAUGUAUUUUUAUCAGAAUAGCUCCUGCAAAAGGAUUAGAAACUGUUUUCAAGACACAUUUUUUUAUUGUUUCUAAACGUUAACAAUUCCCAAAUUUAUCAUUUUAGUUCCGAUUCUUUACUAAAAAGAAAAAAAUCCAUUAUUUUAAAUGUCUCUAUGCAUAUUUUGUUAAUAUAAUAACAUUCAAUGCCUCAAUAUUUUAUAAAUGCUAUUUAAAACUAAAAUAAUUAGGUUUUAUGGUUCCGAGAAAUCAUCCAUGAUGCCUAGAAUACUAGGUUUUUAACUACUACGAGGUAUACUGCACAAAUAAGGAUAUAAUUCUAUUUAAUAAUCUCCGCAUCUGUUAUUAUGCAGUACCAACUUCUGUUCUUAUAUUUUCCGACUCAAAAAAUUAUGUAAAAUUUACUAACACUUUUGACACAUUUGGUGAAUAAAUUUAGUUUUACAAGAUUUAAUUAUCUGAAUCAAUUCCUCUACGUUCAAUUAAUAUUCAAGCUUUUGAAGAACUUUAUAGGAAUAUUAAUUAGUUAUCAACAGAUUGGUUUUUUGUUCACAGAAAAAUAUUAAGAUCCUACUUAUUGCAUUUGAUCACUUAAAAGAAGGUAUAAGUACUAACUAUCUUAUUCGAAAUAAGAAUUAAAAAAAUUUUCACAUAUCCCAUUUUUUCCAAAUAUUGUCUUAAUGUACAAAUUUGUAGUUAAUAGUUCUUAUUGUGAUCACGUCAAAUAUUGGAUUUUUUGAGGAACUAUUAUCAAUCUAAACUAAGCAAUUAAACUUAAGAGUUUCAAGUUACUGUAUGUUACUGCUUUAUUAACAUGAAUCUAUCGAAUGUUACGAACCAAUUUUACGUAAUUUAAGGUCGAUACAACAUACAACGAUUCAAUUCAGGUACUACUAAUAGUCAUUAAUGUAUUAAUGUUAUACCAUCACAUAUUUUAGUUCUUGCAGAUAUGCCAGUUGGUGAGCUAAAUAUUGUAAUUUUUUUCCAUUGUUCCUUUAUCAAAGCUAAUACUAUCACGUAUUUGAUUUUUUUUUAAAUUAGAAACAAGUGACAUAUUUUUCUGUUUAUUUUAAUCGAUCUCCAGAAAAUCUAUGAUCAAUGAAAACAUUAUACUAUUAUAGACAGUUUAUAGAAAACGAAAAUGUUAACAAAAUUUGUAAACUAGCUCCAUAUAUAAAAAUUUUUUGUCUGGUAUAGAUAGAUGACUUUUUUCAUUAAGAGAAUCUCAAAACUUAUAAUAAUUUACAAGUGAUAAUGAUUAGAUGUAUCAAAUUAACAAAUUAUAUAAGUAUAUUCUAGUAUCCAAAUGGUUUUUUUGUUUGAAAAUGUUAAUUUUGUCUGUGAUCUAUAUUCUGGGGUUUUUUUAUUGACAAAUUUUCUAAACUUGAUCAUACAAAGACAUUAUUUUAUAGCCUAUUCCACACAAAUAGUGACAUAUAUAGUCCUACUUUGAAUGAUUAUAGAGAGCAUCUGAACUUUUAUGUAAUGCAAUGAAAAUAUACGAAGCAAGACAUGGGUAACUAUCAAACAUAUUAUGUAGCAAAAAAACAAGAGCACAUUACAUGAGUACCAUACAUAUAACACUUAAUUGAUUAUAACAAAGAAAUGAAUAAACAUUGAAUUUUAAAUAUACAGUUUCACAUACUUUACAAACACAUUACUUUUCAAGAACUAAUGAAGAACCAUUUGAUUUGGUAUAUAAAAUUCUUAUUUUGCAACCAAUCACACUUUAAUAGUUUUGAAAAUAAAAUUAGAAAAAAGAGAUCUAGAUUCUCUUUUAUUCCUGUACACAAAUACAACUUUUUUUGCCUUUCCCUCUUUGGACAAAUAUUUUACAUAUCCCCAAUAUCAGCUAAGCCAAUCAGUCCCACCGAAAUUUUUUCACGCAUCAACUCAGUGGUGGUAGAAUUGGUACAAUAAGAUACUGGUUUCUCUAUUAUUAAUAUACAGCCUUUUAUCUUACCUGGUCACUUCACAUUGACAAUAUUACCUACUAGAAAUUCAUAAUGUCUUAUAUGAGGCAUUUGGUUUCAAAACCGGUUACAUCCAUUUUCAAAAAUUUUUCAGGACUGAUCAAAAAAGAUUCAAUUUAAAAAAUUAAUCAAUUCAACAAUUUUUUUUAUCUUUUUCGUUGUUUUGCAAACAAUUAACUUCAAAUAAAAUUUUUUGACAUCUUUUCAUCACCUGUUGUUUUUUUAAAUCUCAUCCAACAUAAAAACAUAUGUUGGAUGUACCUGACUUUGAUAAGAAAAUAUAAAUUUAUGGUUUAACAAAAAACAAAGGAUUUUAUUUUAUUUUAAACAAUAUAUACAUGUUGUUUUUUUAUUUUUAAAUAUACAAAUUUUCAUUUAUAUCUUGAAGUUGGCAAACAUCCAAAUUGGUAACAUGCUUAUCAUUUUGGAUAGGUGACGUUGUAUGGUCUAUUACCUCUUUAUAGAACUCUAGUGUAUCUAAUGCUCUCCAGCCUUCCCCAUAAUUUUUUUUUAAUAGAGCAUCAACAUCAUCCAACUUCUGUUCGGAAACAUGAACACCGGUUGAAAUCUCACAAAAUGGAAGAUUUUCCGAAAAAUUUUUGCCCUUUUUGCACACACUUUUAGCGUGUCCAAUGUCAGUUAGGUAAUUCUUCUCGCCUCUGACAAGAAUAUUAGUUUUAGUACUGCAAUUUCAACUUUUUUAACAGUUUCGGGAGCUAUUUUUAAAAGCUAGUAGGCCCUUCAACUCGGCUUUUUGUAAUCAAUAGAACAUCUAUAAACGCUUUACGACAAAUCUGAAUUUUAAUAUUGUUUGAGGUGAUUACAAAAUAUUUGUACGAAAACGUAUUGGGACAUCUUUUCCCAUUCACCACUCAAGAUCUUUGGGUCUUCAUUGCUUCCGUGAAUUUUAUGAUAAAUCUAUCUUGGUCCAUCUGAAACAGAGAAAAUUAAGUUAGAAAAUUGAGUAAGAAAAUUCAAAUAAAUCUUUUUUAUUCAAUUAUCUCAUUAUGUUCUAAAAUGAAACUACCUACUUUGGUUUCGUGAGUGUAAAACAAGCGAUGGAAAUAUGAGAUGUCGGUAGAUUUCAAUUUGUCUCAUAAAUAGGUGUUUUGUUUUGUACGAUGAACGCAUUUGACUUGUUUUAUGGGAACUCCUGGUGAUUUGUAUCUAGAAAAAUUAGAAAAUAAGUCAAACUUUGUUUGAAUUUUAUUAUAAAUAUAGAAAUGGAACAAGAUGUUUACUAAAGAAAGAAAAACACAAACCUUUCACACUUUUCUAAGGAGCGUUUCCAAGAUUUUUGAAGUUUCGGCCUUUUUCUUGGUUGCACCAACUAAAUUUCAGGAUUUUUUUCCAUAAUUAAAAGGUUUACACUCUCUUUUCCGUGUUUGUCACUUGAGGCAAAUAUUUAAAACAAGAUUUCGGUGACUUGGUUGAAGAAUGAGAAGGUUGUGGUGAUUACCAAAACAAACGUGGUCGAUAGGACUGCUCCAAGCGGCCGAUUGGUGAAGUUUGGAUGGAACCGCUUUUGAUGAGAAAUGGAAUCUUUUAGUAUUGAUUUUAGAAGGAUCUAGACGUUUUUGAAACAAACGCGUCUAACACAUCAUUUCUAACAUUAAAAACUUAUAAAAAAUGAAAUAAAAAAAUUUUUGGAAAAAAUGGAUGUAACCGGUUUUGAAACCAAAUGCCUCAUAUAUUACUCGUUAGUCCGUCUGGAAACUAGGUUGAAUGCAGAGCGAUGUUUUGUUUAGACUAGUACUUUGAGAGUGAAACACAUCCAUAAAUUCUCCAAAAUUGACACGUCAAGGUGGCUUCUCGGUAGUGAACCGUGUUAGAUCAAGAUGAUGUUUUGCUGCGAGACUACAGCUGUCAUAAAUUUUAUUUUUGCGUUCUCAUGAAACACUCGUCAAGAGAUACUUUGUGCAAAAAUUUUAUAGUAAUGUUAAUGAGAGAUCGAAAUCUUUAAUGCAUUACUCGUUAAGCUAUCUAAGAACUGGGUUAAUGAAGAGUAAAGUACCUUUCACACCAGAAUUUUUAAAUUUGAUUAAUUACAAGAUUCACGAUUUCUAUCCCAUGGCUAUAACUUCGUUUAAUAAAGAAGUGAGUUGAAAUUUCUGGUAUCCCUGGCGAUAAUCAUACUGAUGACACUAUGUUCUACAACUGCACUAAAAAUCAUAAUUACUAUGUCUCAUAAACUUGAUACUGAAACAAACUUCUUUUGUAAAAAAGAGGUAUAUUUUGAUAUUUUUCCAAGUAUAUACAUGAACUUUUUUUAUACCCUUUCUUAAUAAAAGUUGUCGAAUGAAGGUAGUUAUAGGUUAGGAGUCUUUGGGCCUUUGGAUCCAACUGAAAUAUUGUGCUGCUAUUUUUAUCUUUGCAGCUUAUUAAACAUCAAUUAAAAUGAAAUAGUUAAUGAAAACUUUGAUGUUAUUUGGUUAUGACAAACUAUAUAUUGAAGCAAUGUUAACAUUUUCAUAUAUUUCAAUGAACUAUUCACUUCUAGGGCGAGUUAUUGGGCAAGUUCUUAAUUUUAUUUCAUAAUCUACAAUAAAUACUAUUAUUUUAUCACCCUUUAACAGAAAUUUUCCCAUGCCUUAAUUUUUAAGAGCUAUUACAUAAAUAGUACUCAUUAACGCGUUUUCAUCUGGCAUAUGCAUAAAAAAUAUUGUUUUAUAUAGUAUAAGGCUCAUUGCUUUACAAUGAUUUUUUUUCUUAUACCAACAACGUUGACAAGAAUAUUUUAAAAACAUAAACGUUUAAUGAUAUAGUUUUUGUGAAGGUAUUGCACAUAAUUAAAUCCUUCAAAACAUUUAAAAUAGAUAUUUGAAAUUUUUCUGUUUUUAGAUAAAAUUGAAAAGAUAUUUAAUUUAAAAUUUCAUUUAUAUUCAUAAUUUAAUCCUUCCUUUAGAUAGGUGUCGUUCACAAACGAUAUUAAAGUGGUUCCUUUUACAACAUUUUACAACAUCUUACCUAACAUUUAUGUGGGCAAUCAUUUAUUCGGUAUGUGCCUUUACAUCUUUAACAAGUGAACCCGAUUCACAUAAUUCAAGAGCAAUAUUUUAAAAUAGUAUAUAUGGGUAUUUUAAAUUUGUACAUAAUUUUAUAUAUUUGACAAUAAGUGGUUGGUUGCUUUUGAGAAUGUGACUGAAAUUAAUAAUUGGCAUACUGGUUACAGUACUGAACACAAUGUUUACACUACCACUACGCCAACACUCAUAAUUCCACUGUAUGUAGCGCGUUUCGAUAAGUAAUUUAUCGUCUUCAGAGAAUGAAGGUACCUUCUACCUCAAUUUACCUUCAGUCUUUGAAGAAGAUAACUUGGUUAACGAAACGCGCGUCAGUGAGUUUUGGUGUAGUGGUAAUGUAAACAGUGUGUUCAGUAUAAAUAGCAAAAACGGUUCCAAAAAUUCCAACUUACUAGUACUAGUUACAGUAUGACAAGUACAAGAUCAAUGUAACUUUCCAUACGGAGAUAAAAGUAUCUUUACUUAGAGAAAAUAUUGAUAUUAACUCAAUUAUUUCAUACAAUGCAUGGAAUUAAGCUAGUGAAUUUAGGAGGAGUGAGGAAAAUAAGGCAGUAGCAAAGUAUUGGAACUAUCAGCUUUUGCAUCAUUCGCAGUAACUUGUUGAAUCUUUAAUUCAAUAUUUGAUAGCAUUCUUCCAAACCACUAGCUUAAUUAAAGAUAAUCCAAAUAUGCAAAUGCUUGUAGACAAUUAUUCUUUUGAUACAUUUUUAUUUUGGUGCUUUUAAUCAACAAUUGCUAUAUUGAUUAAUAUCUUUCGACAGUUUAUUACAAUGCACCAUGUCUUUUUCACCGUUUUACAUAUUAUUUCUUACUGUAGUUAAUAUAUUGUUAAUAGAUUUAUCCAAAUUUGUAUGUGUCUGUAUUUUCUAUGUCAUAGAGGAAGGAAGGUUUGGAUUGUGUAUAUUGGUGACUAAUAUUUUUUUUCGGAAGCUCAUAAUUGCCAUUAUAUAUAGCUUAACGUUCGCAUAAUGCACUAAAAAUAAUUCAUGUGUAUAGAUUAUUUAGAUUACGUUCAGCCCAUUGAAUUGAUCGUGCGAAGUCGAUUGUCGACCUACCUUAACUUGCUUCCAUAACUGUUUUCUUCCACUUCCUAUAAGAGUAAAACGAUAGAUAUAUUGAAUUUAGAUAAUGGAAAUUCCUCAAUCCUUCAGUCAUUAUCACAACAGUUAACUUGAUCCUUAAAAAGUAAACAUGCACAUUAAAACGAGAAUAUCAGUGACAAUAAUCCAGCCUGAUAUCAAAAUCUCGAACAUUCAGACUCUGGUGUAAGACCAAGCCUCGUGGCGUAUUAAAGAAUGUGAAUAACUUCUAUAACUAACUAAAAACUUCAACUCAAGGAGUAAUGACAUAUAUGUGAAAGUCAUAGCUCACUUGUUUUGAACAGACAUAUUUUAUAUCGUAAUAUAAAUGCGGCUUUUUGUUUUGUUUUAAAGAGUGGCUGCUCGUCGUUCUAAACAAAUUGUCGUGUACAAUUUAAUGUUUGGGAGAAAAUAGCGUCAACAUUUCUAAAUCGAAGACACGAUUAGUGCCUGUAAUUUGGCAUAGAGCUCUACAGUGUGGAGAUAGUUUGAAUGUGUGAUUUUCGUUUGCAAGUACUACUGCUGCUCGUAGGCCAUUAGGUUUUGUGGAUACGUCCGUGUACAUAAAAUGAUUUUGUUUAAAGCUUACUCCCGUAAAAGUACAGAAUGAUUGUGCUAUUAAAAAUUGGGCGUUUCUUCUUUUUUAAGCGGGCUCAUGUUUACGUUAAUGCUUGGAAGGGAAGGAAUGAAAUGGAAGAGUUUGUUUCCAAAUGAAUGUUUAAAGCAUCUGUAUUGAUGUUGCGAUUAACAGGAUUAUUUUUCCGGUGAGACAGUGAAGACUUUCACAGUGUUGUUCGAAAUGCGGCAGUAGCGAUUCUUAGUGCAGUGUUUUGCAAUAUGUCAAAUUGUUUAAGAUAUGUUUUCUCACAUGAUGCGUCAACAAUGAUCAUAAUCGACUGGCAAUUGUUUUUAAUAGAUUUAGACCAUUUUUGUAGACUUUCUUGAGGUAAUUGAUAUGUUUCCAAGUUUCACUGAAAGUUAUGCCCAGAAAUUUAAUACUUUCCACAAAUUAUCAAUUUUGAUCGUUUAAGAUUAGAAUGGGUCUUAUUGUAUUGGGUCAUAUUUUUACCUUCUGCAAAUAGAACUAAAUCAUCGGCGUACAAUUUUCUUUCAACCAAUGAAGAGAAUUUAUCGACGAUAUUGGAGGGUAGAGCUUAUUGUAGAUCCUUGUGGAAUCUUUAAAAGAUUAUUUCUUGAUGCAGGUCUAGAAUUAUAAUUUUGAAAUUUGUUAUCACAAAAACAUAUUAUUUCUAUUGUAACACAAUCACAUUUUUAAUAUAAAAUAUGCAUUUAAAGUUUUUAUGAUAUUUUACAUAUUUUCUCCACAUGUUGCGGUACAUAUUGCUUUUUUAUAUUAUUUACAUUUGCACCUAAGGAUAAUGUAAUGUUUACUAAUUUUUAAUUAUUUGUCUAUGGAUGAAUAAAAUUACUAACUUAUUCUACAUAAAUAUAUACUAUCAAUAUCUCUAAAAUUUUACUUCUAAACUGAAAGUAAUGUGAAUAGAAAUAUCUUUCAAGUCCAAUUUUGCAAUACUGUAUAAAACAAUAUUGUACACUAAAAAAACCUUGUUUAAAUUGUAAAGUGUUGAGUUUUAGCAUAUAUUCAAUAUUGAAAAUGGUUCGCAAUAUUUAAGUGAUCAUAAUUAGGAAUCAUUUUUUUCUGAAUUGGUGAUGUCAUUCAGUAUUCCUAGUAAUAUAGCUACUUAUGUCUUUUAGGUUGUCAAUAGUUGCUAAAUUUUACCUAUCAACAAAAAUGAUUGGCAUAAUGUUUCUAUUAAAAAAUAAUGCAUUUGCACUGUAUUUCAAAUAUAUUUUUACAUAAUUCUAGUUAGCGUUAACUUAUCUGGUUUUAUGUGCAUAAUCAUUAUAGAGAUGGUACCAUAAUAACAGAAAUAUGAUUAGGUUGGCGACAAAGUAAUUUCGGUUUUGUAAUAUAAAAUAAAAAACUUUUUUUAACAAAGGAUAGUUUUUAAUCAAUUAUAUAUUUUCCAUUUUGCUCAAUGACCUUUAGCUAACUUUCUUUCAGCUUCAUUAUUCCGCGCUCAUAAAAUUUCUGGUACUUAUCAGCAAAAAACUGAAUCAGGUGUGACUGAAGGUCAUCGUUAUUUGUGAAAGUUUGACCAUAUUGGCUGUAUGGGGGAUGAGGCAUCACUUCCCAGUCAAUAGUUUCCUACAAGUUGCCAAAGAUUUGUAAGUCCUUGCAUAAGCAUGGUGGGACACUAAAUAUUUCCGAUUUGACAAUUCGGGCCGCUUUUUUUCGAUUGCUUCAUUCAAUUUCAUUAAUUGUUGAGAGUAAACAUCAGAAUUGAUCGUUUGGUUCUUUGGAAGCGGCUCAAAAAACACAACACCUUUGUAAUCCCACUAAACUGACAGCAUGAGCUUUUUUUGUUGUUUUGCCUCUUUCGAUGUGGUUUUUGCUGGUUCAUCAUAUUUGCUUCAUGAUCGUUUUCGAACCAUGUUACUGUACAGGACCCAUUUUUCGUUACCAGUGAUGAACGGUCGGUUUCAUGUCGUUUAAGUUGCAUAUCGCAAAUGACUUUCUUUCAAUUCGUGAGGUACCCAAAUAUCAAGCUUCUAAACUAACUCAAGACAUUUUGAGUGUUUUUCAAUUGUUUUGUGUAGCCUCAUCGCAACCUCUCGAACAGUUAUAUGACGAUCCUCUUCAAUUAUGACUUUGAUUUGGUCAUCAUCAACUUCAGUAGGCCGAUCAGAUCGUUGCACAUCUUUGAGGAAGAAAUUUCCAGAACGGAAUUUUUUAUACCAAUUCUGACACAUGCGCUCUGUUAAACAAUCAGGACUAACAGCGGCGUUACUAUAAAUUUUGGGCUUCUGUGCAGGGGAUCCUCUCGGGUCCCCUCUGUAAGUGUCAAAGCAUAAUCAAAUUAUUGCUUCAAAAAUACCAAAAGAUUCUUCUAAGAACAAUUAUUAAAGUAAAAUAAAUCAAUAAAUUUAUUACGUUUCAAAUCUCUUUAUGAACUUAAAUUGCAAACAAAUAGGUCUCCUAGCCUUUGAGUUCGCAAAACUCUUUAUGAUGUCCUUUAAAUAUAGUGAAGAUGCAAGUUUGUAUUCAAUAGCAAUCAGGUUGCAAAGUCGUUCUUCACCUGUAUUUGCCCUUAAAUAAUUUUUUAUAAUCUUCAAUUUACUAAACGUUCUUUCAACAUUGGCCACCGUUACUGAGAAGGUAAAAAGAGAAGAAAUUCUGUAUAGAUUUCUGCAAAAUCGCUUUCCAUAAAUCCAUACUUGUCCAUUAACAUUUGGAAUAGGCUGCUAACCGACAUAUGUUUCGUAAUUUCGGACUUAAUCAAGUUUGCCAUUUGAAUAAACUGGUUUGUAAAACAAACAGAGAUAAUCUUAGGACAAAGUCUGCCACAUUUUUCUUCAUAGGAAGAAUCCAACAAAAACUUUGGCUCUAAAAAGUUAAAAUUAUUUUUCAAUGUACCAUUGAAUAAAAUUUGUUAGUUGAAUUAUGUAGUCAAUUACAAAAUUAAAUACGUUGAAUUUAAACGCUCUUUUCCUAUUUUCGAAGCGGUGGUCACGUGCUAACUCGUCAAAAGUGUUUUUUAAUUACUGGUUGUCGCUUUGUUUGGAAAUUUGGAUCUACAUUAUAUUUUUUGGAAAGAUCAACAGCUUCUUUUUUUACUUGGUCAUAAGAAUUCCGAAAGAUAAUCAUUGUGACAUUUACUUGUUCUAAAGCUUUACUUGUUUUAUUUAAAUCAACGUUUUGUUUUUGCAAAAUUUUAGAAGUCUGAGAAUUUUAAACAUAAAAACCGUAGUGAAAACAAAUUCAAAUGUAGCCAUUUUCUUCUUUAGACUAGCGGCUUCUCUUUCUUCCUGUUUUUGGGAUUUAAGCUGAGUAUCUGUUAAACAUUUUAAGAUAUCCAAAAACGAAGCUUUACUGCUAGGACAGAUUGAGCUCAUCCGGACCACCUAGUGGAAUUUAAGGUUUUUAAAGUUAUUGCGGAGUCGCCACAGAAUGAGGAAAGAAUAUCCCAUCUUUUAAUACUAAUCGCAAAAAUUGCAAAAAAGUGUUUAUUUCUUUGCAACUUGAACCGUCAUCGUUAAUUACCAGAUUGAGGUUGUGACUAGCGCAGUGCACAUAAUCUGCGUUGGGUUGUAUGAGCUUGACAAGGGCUUGGACCCCAUUGUAUACGCCACUCAUCAAGCUGGCACCAUCAUACCCUUAACCAUAACAUUUUUCUAUAGGAAUAUUUAGAUCCUUUAGAUGGUUAAGAACAAAGUCCGUCAUCUCUUUUGCCGACUGCUGUUGCCCUAACUAAAAAAAUUCCAGAAACUGUUCUUUUAUUUCAGAAUCCAUUACCUGUUUAUUUUCAUUUCUUAACACUUACAGUUCUUAUUACUAUGCUAAAUUGAUCAUUUUUUGAGAUAUCCUGUGUUAUCCAAAAUAAGUGCAAAGAAAGGUGCCGAAUUGAUUCGGGAAACAAUUUCCUGCAAAGUUGCACUAGACAAAGGCUGUAUAAGUUCAUAUUGGAUAGCCGGACUAUAUUUUGUACUUCCUUUGGGUAUUUUUAUGACUUUCAUCAUAACAUGAAACCAACUCAACAAAUGAAAGAAAAUUGCCAUUACAGCCUUCAAAAUCGAAAACGUUUUGGCUAUUGGAUUGGCUAUUACUGUGUGAAGUAAUUGGGAAAGAUAGAUUUUUCCAGUCUCUUAAGCCUGUUCGUCAUUUAUUAUCUUCUGCGGAAAACAACCAGCAAGAUAAGCAGUAUACAGCGUCUAGAGAUUUUGAAUAGCAAAGCCAUACCCUUGGACCAGACCAUAUUUGGUAUUUGAGGUGUAGUAUGCUUCACUAAAUGAUCUAUUUUUCUGCUUUGGGUCUUUUGGAAACGGUCCUUUAGGCGGCAAACUUAUUACGUUUUUAAUAUCAUCGGGUAUCACUUUGUCUUUUUCGUAGUCCCUAAUAUCCGUUGAAACAUUAUCUGUUAUUUCCACAUCGUCUUGUUUAAAACUAUUGUCAAAGUCGUUAAUAUUAGUCUUUGGAUGGCUUGAAGUAGAACAUCCCUCAUUUAUUAAAGAAUCAUUCUGUACACUUAGUGCACAUUCAUUUGGGCAGAAGCAAAUAAAAAAUUAUAUAUAAUUAUAUGGACAGCUUUACUUAUUUUAUAUUUAUAUGACUACGAGUAAAUACUAAAUAUUUUCAAAAAUUUGAAGUUCGUCCCUAAACUUUGACUGAUUUCGACUAUAUUACUUUUAAAAUUUUUAAGAACGAGAUUCCUUCCAUUAUAAAACAAUAAACAAUUAAAAAUAAAUUGGAAUUUGGUUACACUAUACUAAGUCAAACCACCAACCAUCACUAAAAGUAAAACAAUGAACAAUUAAGUAUACACAGGCUUUUUUUACUAACCUGUUUUAGUCUACGAAAUAUGAAGCGAUGAGAAUUCAUCGAACAGACUCAAUUUGCUAGGGAAUGG